AUGGAGAAUAGGAAUAAUGUGACAGAGUUUGUUCUACUGGGGCUUACAGAGAAUCCAAAGUUGCAGAAAAUCACAUUUGUUGUGUUUUUUGUCAUCUACAUCAUCACUGUGGUGGGAAAUGUGCUCAUUGUGGUCACCAUCACUGCCAGCCCAUCAUUGGGGUCCCCCAUGUACUUUUUCCUGGCCUAUCUCUCCUUUAUUGAUGCCUGCUAUUCCUCUGUAAAUACCCCUAAGCUAAUCACAGAUUCACUCUAUGAAAAGAAGACCAUCCUAUUCAACGGAUGCAUGACUCAAGUCUUUGGAGAACAUUUCUUCGGAGGUGCGGAGGGCAUCCUACUUACUGUGAUGGCCUAUGACCGCUAUGUGGCCAUCUGCAAGCCCCUGCGCUAUAUGACUAUCAUGAACCGGCGUGUGUGUGCCCUGCUAAUGGGAGUGGUGUGGAUGGGAGGCUUUCUUCAUGCAACCAUGCAGAUCCUCUUCAUCUUCCAAUUACCUUUCUGUGGUCCUAAUGUCAUAGAUCACUUUAUGUGUGAUCUGAACCCUUUGCUCAAUCUUGCCUGCACUAACACCCACACUCUAGGACUCUUCGUUGCUGCCAACAGUGGAUUCAUCUGCUUGUUAAACUUUGUCCUCCUGCUGAUCUCCUAUGUGGUUAUCUUGCGCUCCCUAAGGACCCACCGCUUGGAGGCAAGGCACAAAGCCCUCUCCACUUGUGUCUCCCACAUCACAGUUGUUGUCUUAUUCUUUGUGCCCUGCAUAUUUGUGUACAUGAGACCUGCAGCUACUUUAUCUGUUGAUAAAGCAGUUGCUGUAUUCUACACUAUGAUAACUCCUAUGUUAAACCCCUUAAUCUAUACCUUGAGGAAUGCUCAGAUGAAAAAUGCCAUUCGGAAACUGUGUAGUAGAAAGGGCAUUUCAGGUGACAAAUAA